GGAUAGGGGGUUGGGUUGUAGGAGAGGGCUUUGGUAUAUAGAGAGAAAUUUGAAGUCGGGGAUCUGGGUAUCAUGGGGAGUGGUGAAGGGGGAAAAAGCGUAAAAUGUGAUGGGUUAGGCCAACAUGAGACAAGUUGAUUGAGGGAAGGGAGAGUUUGAGGAGUCUGGGCACCAGAGGGAGAGACCGUGUAUACUAGAUGUUGGGGGUAAAGGAGAGGGACUGUACCCUGUGAAGGCCCUGAAAGUGGCCGGCCCCUGUGGCAGUCCUCUGGGUGUAAACAGAAGUCAGGAACCUGGGGGAGGGAACAAAGGGGGAGUGAGGCUGGGAGAAGUGGCAGCGGUCAGGGCCUGUGAGGACGCUCCCGGGCACCUGGGAGCGGGAAUGGGGUAGCGAGUUGGUAAGAAGAGGAAGUCAGUGGAAGGAGGUUUGAGUGGAGAAGACACGGGCUCCUGUGUGAUGUGCGUGGCUGUGGGCCAGCUGUGAGGCACGGGAGCCCAGGGCCUCACUGCCACCAUGACUGAGGAGUCGGAGGAGACGGUCCUGUACAUUGAGCACCGCUAUGUCUGCUCUGAGUGCAACCAGCUGUAUGGAUCCCUGGAGGAGGUGCUCAUGCACCAGAACUCCCAUGUGCCUCAGCAGCACUUUGAGCUGGUGGGCGUGGCUGACCCUGGAGUCACUGUAGCCGCAGAGGCAGCUUCCGGCACGGGCCUCUAUCAGACCCUGGUGCAGGAGAGCCAGUACCAGUGCCUAGAGUGCGGGCAGCUGCUGAUGUCGCCCAGCCAGCUCCUGGAGCACCAGGAGCUGCACCUGAAGAUGAUGGCUCCCCAGGAGGCAGUGCCAACUGAGCCACCACCCAAGGCACCUGCCCUGAGCUCUAGUACCAUCCACUACGAGUGUGUGGAUUGCAAGGCUCUCUUCGCCAGCCAGGAGCUCUGGCUGAACCACCGGCAGACGCACCUCCGGGGCACUCCCACCAAGCCUCCGGCCCCGGUUGUCCUGGGGUCCCCGGUUGUCCUGGGGCCCCCUGUGGGCCAGGCCCGCGUGGCUGUGGAGCACUCAUACCGCAAGGCAGAAGAGGGUGGGGAGGGGGCCGCUGUCCCUUCUGCUGCUGCCACCACCGCUGAGGUGGUGACUGAGGUGGAGCUGCUCCUCUACAAAUGCUCUGAGUGCUCCCAGCUCUUCCAGCUUCCGGCCGACUUCCUGGAACACCAGGCCACCCACUUCCCUGCUCCUGCCCCGGAGGCCGAGGAGCCUGCCUUGCAGCAGGACACCCUGACUCCGUCCCCUGCAGAGGUGCCCGCGUCUCAGCCUGAUCCCCUGCCGUCCUCUGACCACAGUUACGAGCUGCGCAACGGUGAAGCCAUUGGGCGUGAUCGCCGGGGGCGCAAGGCCCGCAGGAACAACAGCGGAGAGCCGGGCGGGACUGCUGCCCAGGAGCUCUUUUGCUCCGCCUGUGACCAGCUCUUUCUCUCCCCUCACCAGCUACAGCAGCACCUGCGGAGUCACCGGGAGGGCGUCUUUAAGUGCCCUCUGUGCAGUCGUGUGUUCCCCAGCCCUUCCAGUCUGGACCAGCACCUUGGAGACCACAGCAGCGAGUCUCACUUCCUGUGCGUGGACUGCGGCCUGGCCUUUGGCACCGAGGCCCUCCUCCUGGCCCACCGGCGAGCCCACACCCCGAAUCCUCUGCAUUCGUGUCCGUGUGGAAAGACGUUUGUCAACCUCACCAAGUUCCUGUAUCAUCGGCGUACGCACGGGGCGGGGGGUGUCCCUCUGCCCACAACACCAGUCCCACCAGAGGAGCCUGUCAUUGGUUUCCCUGAGCCAGCCGCAGCAGAGACGGGAGACGCAGAUGCUCCGGAGCCCCCUGUGACCGAAGAGAGCCCAGGAGGGCCCGCCGCCCCAGGCACCUACCGCUGCCUCCUGUGCAGCCGCGAAUUUGGCAAGGCGUUGCAGCUGACCCGGCACCAGCGUUUCGUGCACCGGCUGGAGCGGCGACACAAGUGUGGCAUCUGCGGCAAGAUGUUCAAGAAGAAGUCUCACGUGCGUAACCACCUGCGCACGCACACGGGCGAGCGGCCCUUCCCCUGCCCGGACUGCUCCAAGCCCUUCAACUCGCCCGCCAACCUGGCACGCCACCGGCUCACGCACACGGGGGAGCGGCCCUACCGGUGCGGGGACUGUGGCAAGGCUUUCACGCAGAGCUCCACCCUGAGGCAGCAUCGCCUGGUGCACGCCCAGCACUUUCCCUACCGCUGCCAGGAGUGCGGGGUGCGUUUCCACCGCCCCUACCGCCUGCUCAUGCACCGCUACCACCACACGGGCGAGUACCCCUACAAGUGUCGCGAGUGCCCCCGCUCCUUCUUGCUGCGCCGGCUGCUAGAGGUGCACCAGCUCGUGGCCCACGCUGGGCGCCAGCCCCACCGCUGCCCAUCCUGCGGGGCCGCCUUCCCUUCCUCGCUGCGGCUCCGCGAGCACCGCUGCGCGGCUGCUGCCGCACAGGCCCCGCGGCGCUUCGAGUGCGGCACCUGCGGCAAGAAAGUGGGCUCGGCUGCCCGGUUGCAGGCGCACGAGGCGGCGCACGCGGCUGCCGGGCCCGGAGAGGUCCUGGCUAAGGAGCCCCCUGCCCCUCGGGCCCCUCGGGCCGCUCGCACGCCUGUGGCCGCCCCGACCGCCUUGGGGGGUGCGGCCCCCGCGGCCCCCGCGGCCCCGGCCCGACGCCGGGGCCUGGAGUGUAGCGAGUGUAAGAAGCUGUUCAGUACAGAGACGUCGUUGCAGGUACACCGGCGCAUCCACACGGGCGAGCGGCCGUACCCGUGUCCGGACUGCGGCAAGGCCUUCCGCCAGAGCACCCACCUGAAGGACCACCGGCGCCUGCACACAGGCGAGCGGCCCUUUGCCUGCGAGGUGUGUGGCAAGGCCUUCGCCAUCUCCAUGCGCUUGGCAGAGCAUCGCCGCAUUCACACGGGUGAGCGGCCCUACUCGUGCCCAGACUGUGGCAAGAGCUACCGCUCCUUCUCCAACCUGUGGAAACACCGCAAGACCCACCAGCAGCAGCAUCAGGCCGCCGUGCGCCAGCAGCUGGCAGAGGCGGAGGCUGCCGUGGGGCUGGCCGUCAUGGAGACUGCGGCAGAGGCGCUGCCCCUGGUGGAGGCUAUCGAGAUCUACCCUCUGGCUGAGGCCGAGGGGGUCCAGAUCAGCGGCUGACCCCGUUCCUUCUCCCCCUUCAGCACCGCCAUGUCCCGUUGCUGAAGAACCUCCUCCAGCAUCCCCUCAAAUCUGUAGAUACCGUGCCCCUCUCUCCAUCUCUCCCAACAGCCGUGUAAGUUCUGUAACUGGAUUUAUUCUCUCUUGUGAGGGGGUUGCUCUGGGGUCCUUGAUGUGCGUAAAGGUGCCCCCCCCCCCCCCACCUUCCACCUUUUAGCACUGGUGGUCCCAAGAUGGAACAGUCAAUAAAGACUGAGUUGGACGUUUAUGUGUUUCUGUCUGGCCCAGCUGUGUGGGGUGGGAUUUGGUAGCCACGAGCCCAGGUUCUUGGGUCUGAGCUUUUAUGGCUGUGUUCUCAGCACCUGGAACAGGGCCUGGCAAGUGGUAGGAACUCAGUGGACAUUUGCUGAGUGGAAAGAGGACGUGGAGUCCAAGGGUGUGGCUCAGGGAGCUGGGAUAUCACCCUGGUGCUCCAGGGGAAGAAGCGUAGCUGUCUUGCCACUAGAGGUCCCCACAGCCCCAUAGAAAAGCCUGAAGCUGUUUCAAUUGGUGGCAGGAACAUUGGGAAAAGUCUUCAGAUUUGUUUUUGCCCCUUCUGCACCCCCAUUCUUGGCCUGAUGUGAGCCAUCUCCCUCAAAGCCAUCUGGUUGUCUCACUGGAUCCCUGAGGGCAAAUGCAGGUCCGAAAGGUAUGAUCUCCAGGGCAGAAGAAGGUGGCUCCUGGGACCAGACCCAGCUGUGGAGUUGGAGAACUCCGAUUCUGGGGGUGGACAGCCUCAUAAGGGGAGCUGCCUUGACAGCUACCUAGAAUGGGUUUCUGUCUUAACUAGUAGACGUGGGGAGAGGGGUGGUUGGAGUGACUGGCUGGUAUUUGAACGUCUAGUUUGCUUCUAGUACUUACAUGUUUAUCAUAAUUAUACUCCUCUUGUGAGGGGAACAUUUUGCAGGGAAGGAGUCUGAAGUCAGAAGCAGUGAGGUGAUUUACCCAGGGUCAUCCAACCCACAUAGGAUAGAGCUUGAAUUUAAGCCUAGUUUCAUCUGGUUUUAUCACCCUUCUGCUUUUCUCCACAGUCUAAUGCCUUUUACUUAGGAGAGGGUGGUCGAGAAGGAUGAUGGUGACUGGUGGGAAUGUCCAGUUGCUUUGCUUGAGCCGCAGCCCAAGAAAAAUAAGCCCCGCCAAAGUCAUUCCAGUCUUUGUGUUGGAGAAAAUUCUUAUUUGGGACCCUAAUAAAUGAGAGGUGAAGGGAAACCGUUUGUAUGGAAACCAGGAAGAGGGAGACCUGAGAGCUGUCCACUCAGACCCUGUUACUCUGAACACCCCUUCAACAGCCCGUCGCCUCUGGGCACUGGGCUCAGAGACCUACACUGGUUUUGCCUUAUGUUCAGGUGAAAACGAGGGAUUGAGAGAGGGAAGACUUAUCAAGACCACAUAGGUGGUAGACCAGAGCUAGAAGCCAAAUCUCCUAACCAGUAAUAGAGAUUUUACUACAUAAGCCCCAUUUUAUUGAAAAAAGUUCAGGGACCCCUGAAGGUGGCUCAGUCAGUUGAGCGUCCGGCUUCGGCUCAGGUCAUGAUCUCGUGGCUCCUGGGUUCGAGCCCCACGUCAGGCUGUGUGCUGACGGCUCAGAGCCUGGAGCCUGCUUCGGAUUCUGUGUCUCCCUCUCUCUCUUUUCCUCCUCUGCUCACGCUGUCUC